AUGAUAAAAUUAAUUUUCUAUAUUUUUUUAUUAAUGUCAUAUGUAGUCAUAGGAAAAAAUGACGGAAACUUACGUGUUAUUACUAAAAAUAUAGAUUUGAAAUCAUUACAAGGAACAUUUUAUGAAAUAGCUAUAAAUACUACGGAUAAAAUAUUUUUAGGUUUAGCAUGCAGAUGCACAAAAUAUGAAUUUUCAGGUUUAAAAAGAGAUGGCAAUCAAGCUUACAUAUUAAUGAAUUUUACGUGUGAUAGGAAUUUUUUAAUUAAAGAAGAAAAAUCAAAUGUAAAUUUUAAAUUAAUUUUAAAUAAGCCUUUAGAUGAAAAUACAACAACUGUAGAAGAAUUUGAUGCAAGUUUGUUUUUGGUUGAAAAUAAUCAACAGAUUUUACUAAGUAACCAUAUAAGUAUUAUAUAUGCUGAAUUUAAUGAUCAAAAUGAAAUUGAGCAUUUUAUAUUAGGUGGAAACAAAUCUAGCGAACCAAUGAUAAUUAUGUCUAAAUAUAGAACAAUCCUUCAAGAAACUUAUAAAAGACUUAUAAAUUCCCUUUAUUUAUCUGGAUACGAAUCUGCACUUUUAAAUUGGCCAUUUAUUAUCCAAACUGAUCAAACUCUAUGUGAAUAA